AUGUCUGACGAUUAAUAUGUUGUUGUUAAGCUUCCAAAGACUCUAGUUUCUCUUGGUGCUAUAGGUCUUUCAUUAGCUUCCAUCUACUUAUCUUACAACUCUGUUAAGUAAUCAUUAAAGAAGAUCUCUAAGCAAACAAAGAAGACUGAAUAGAAAAAAGAAGAAGAGACAGAAACAAUCAAAAGCGAAGAUUUUUUGAAAAUCUUUACUGAUUAUGGAAAAAAAUUUAAUUAAUGUGGAGCUCUAGAGGCUGUUAUUCCUAGAAAAUUUGAGACAGAAGCUGACUUAGCAAUUUUAAGUGAUAACCUUCUUUACACCAAGAACCAAAAUGACCUAGUCUCAUUAACCAAAGCUAUUUCUGAACCAGUUUGGGACCUUCUAGAUAGAGGCGGCAAAAGAUGGAGACCAAUUCUUUGCAUCAUUUUAGCAGAAGCAUUUAACUUAGGGUAAGAAGAUGUUAAGGAAAUCGCUUCUCUUUGCGAAAUAGUUCAUAAUGGAACCUUGGUUGUAGAUGAUAUUGAAGAUAACAGCACUGUAAGAAGAGAUAAGAAAUGUGUACAUUUAAUCUAUGGUGUUGAUAUUAGCAUUAACGCAGGUAAUAUGAUGUACUUUGCUCCUCUCCAUAUACUUCUCAAGAGUAACAAAUACACUGAUUAACAAAAACUAAGAUUUGCUAAAAUUUAUGCUGAAGAAAUGACAUAACUUCAUUUAGGAUAAGGUUGGGAUAUUUUAUGGCACAACACUGAUAAGUUGGAAGGAAGAAUUCCCACUGAAUAGUAAUAUUUGUAAAUGACUGCUCACAAGACUGGAGUUCUUGCUAGACUUUCAAGUAGACUAAUUUGUGCUGCAGUUAAUACUUCAGUUGAAGAUGAAAUGACUAUUUCUAGAUUCUCUGAAAGAAUUGGAGUUGCUUUCUAAAUUUAAGAUGAUAUUCUCAACUUAGAAGGUGAAGAAUACAAGAAGACUAAAGGAUAAUCUGGUGAAGAUAUUCAUGAAGGUAAGAUGUCUUUAAUUGUUCUACAUAGCUUACAAAAUUCCCAACCCGAAGACAAGGAUAGAUUAUUCAAGAUUUUAUCCUCUCAUACUGACAAUUAGGAUGAAAUAGAUGAAGCUAUCGCUUUAGUUAAGAAGACUGACUCAAUUAGUUAUUCUAGAAAAGUAGCUUAAGAAUUAGUAUAAACUGCAUGGAAUGAUAUUGAAAAUCUUCUCCCUGCAAGCAGAUCUAAGCAACUCUUAAAGUUAUUAGCAGAAUAUAACAUUGGAAGAAAGAUUUGA